AUGCGUUCUAUAAUUCUGGUGCUUCUGCUCUCAUCGUUUAGUUUUUGUGCAGAAGUUGACAUCCACAAGCUGUUCGAGAUUUUCAGUGGAUUGACCAAGGACGAGGCCACGAAAUUAGAUGAGAUUAUGCUUCAUUCUACAGAUUACAACGGCAGGAACGACCAGGACAAAUACAAGAAGCUUUUGAAGGAAAACAACUUGCGCGAGAAGGUGGAUAGCUACCGAGAAACUCUACAAACGCUCAUUAAAGAAAACGGAGCAGCUUAUGAAUUUGUAGGAGAGGCGCUCCAAUACGGUCGACGAAUCAGACGGGGCGAGAUGACCAUGGAUGAGGCAUCCGAAAAGUAG